GUGGGCCAGUCCCAACCAGGGGAGGGCCUUGAGGGAGGGGCGGGACGGGUUCUUUGUGCUCCGGGCUGCCUCGCACCGUCUGGGGCGGAGGAACACAGCUGCUAUUCCGGUUCAGCUCGGCCCAGGACACCGCCCCCCUCCCCCCAGCUUCCACACAAACGGUUUUAAACGGCCGCAGCAGGGCCGGUCGGUUAGUAUCUCUCUGUCUGUCCUGGACCGGUCUCCCUGUGUCUCUACGUUUAAGGAGACUUGAUUAAUAAUUGUAUUUGAUUUAGUUCAUUUCGUUUUAGGUCUUUUUUAAUUGAGGAGCAGUUUGUGAUACGGAUUGGAUCUGGUCUUCUGGUCUUUUUUGUUGUUGUUGGAUUAUUUAGUAUCUUGUGCAACUUGGAGCCAAACUCGCAUCCCCUUCUGCUGCUAAAGGCUAAGCGCUAACCCAUAGCUGCUAACUGCUAGCCUAGCCAGCCAACUGCCAGCAUCCAGCCUCGGCCGUCCUCUUCCCCCUUACCGCCGCCCUCUGCCCGUCAGAGCCCGCCCCCAUGGUGCUGUGUCAGGACACAGAGUGCAGCGUGUGCCUCCAGGCCUUCACCCGUCUGGAGCGGAUCCCUAGGGUGCUGCACUGCCUGCACACCUUCUGCACCCCCUGCCUGGAGAGCCUGUCUCAGGGGGCCGGCGACCUGGUCACCGUGCCCUGCCCGCUGUGCCGCCGGGUCACCUGCGUGCGGCGCUGCGUGGGCCUGAAGGGGGCGCUGUGGGUGGACAGCAACGUGUGGGAAUACAUACCGGACAGGGAGGAGGAGGAGGAGGUGGUGCAGGAGCAGCGGCGACCAGCGGGGGAGGUGAUCGGAGGGAAAGGAGGCCGCACGUCGACGCACGCCGAGUGUCGUGCCUCGUGGCCCCCCAGGACCAAACUCAAGCUCCCCGCCUUCUUCAAGAAGUUCAGCCUCCUGAAGACGCAGAUGGAGAGAGCCAUGCCCGGGGACCCUGUGGAGAUGAGGUCCUGGCGGCGCCUGGCAACGGACGACCACGUCUAGUCCAAACAGAGCAUCUGGAUCAAGGAAUCCAUGUGAACUUGCCGAACUACGAACGCUGACAGGGAAGGAAGCCCCGACUGUACGUGGAUGGCAUCUCUCUCCCCGCGGCCCCAGUCGCUCUCUUCCAGUACUCCCAGUCACCCCCCCCCCCCCCCCCCCCCCCCCCCCCCCCAGCCCCUCAGAUCUGAGGUCAUUAGCAUAGCAGAGCUGCAUUAGCAUAGCGGGCCGGGUAUUAAUAUCUGCGUGCUAACAGAGGCUGGGAUGAGGAUCAGCGGUGGUGGAGGAGGAGGAGGAGGGAGGGGGGGACCCCUCUGUUAUUAAGUCGGGGGUGUACCCCGUCAUCUGCUGUAGCGCUGGGAUUUAGCUCAUCUGGCCCUCAGUGAGCACGCCAGGAAGAGUUUAACCCCCGGACGCCGGACCCCCGGGACCAGAUGGUGUCCUCACAGCGUCUCUGGCACAUUGUAUAUUUAAGAGAUUAUCAUCUUUGUGGUUGUUGUAUUUAAACGUAUUCUUUGUUUUUAUUUAAAUAAAAGUUAUUUUUGGAGA